UUGGUGUCAUGUGAUUUGACACGGAAGUCGUCUCUAUAAACUACAUCCUCCGCAGUGUCCGGAGAUGAAAUACAGGCUGCAAAAUAGAUCCGUAAUUAAACUUUAACGUCAAAGAAAGUAAAUCCAUAAAUAGCCGGAACCAUAUUUCUCUCUAUGUUACAGACCAAACCGCCUUUUUACAUCGUGCUGGUGAUGGCAAGUGGCAGGACACGCAGCAAGUGAGCUCCAGUUGCGCUCGUGCCUCCUUUAAACACGUCAGGUGUCAUGCCAGUCCUGGCUAUGGCAGAGCCUGUGGUUGAUCACCAGAAACGGUUUCAAGUUGCUGUGGAUGUCAUCCAUAACCUUCCCAAAAAUGGUUCAUACCGGCCGUCCUAUGAGGUCAUGCUGCGUUUCUACAGUCUGUACAAGCAGGCCAUGUGUGGACCCUGUACUGUCCCCAGACCUGGAUUCUGGGACCCAGUCGGUCGCUACAAAUGGGAGGCCUGGAGACGCCUGGGAGAGAUGAGCAGUGAGCGUGCCAUGGCGGCAUACGUGGACGAGAUGAAGAAUGUGGCACAGGAGGUCAUCGACAGCAUACCGAUGAAUGAGAAAACGGCCUCCCUCUUUCACCACUUCGAGCCUCUCUACCUGGUGGUUGAUGACAUGCCGCGGCCUCCCGAGGCCCUGCUCACACCCAGAGAAGGUGCUGAAGGCAGAGAGCAGGCUGACCAGCGAGCAGAGAUGAAGGAUGUGGAGGAGUGUGGCCCUGAAGAAAAGGCUUCUCUUCUAGAGGCUGCAGAUCCAGAUCCCUUCAACCUGUCGGAGGUUAUAGACCUCACUGCCAACCCCAUCCCUAAUGACUCUGGUGUGUGUGAGGGGUUGGUGUUGACCAGCGACUCAGAGAGUGAGAUCUUCUGCGACUCUGUGGAUUCAGUGGAGCAACUCAGCAACAUCAAAAUUCCAGUUGUCAAGACCAAUGGUUUUCACAACGGCCAUGUGUCCUCGGAGUCGUCUCCUGUUCAGAGCCAUCAGCUGGAAGGCCGUCUGGAAGUGAGACAGGUUGGAGCAGGUCAAGGUGGAGAGGGGGCGGAGGAUGGAAAGGGUCAGGGUCCCAAAAGAAGGAGCCGAGACACCGGGCGGGAAGGUCCCUACCACAACUGGAGAGAACGUGGUGUUCCUCAGGGCAGUCCAAUGAGGGGGGGCCUGGGCGGUGGUGGAGGGGCCGGACGAGGAGGAGGGGACGGUUCAGAGGGCGAGGUUGAGAGGCUGCAUGAUGUCCAGCUCCAGCAGCAGAUCAUCCUGGCCCUGCGGAGGCUCCGAGAGGACAUGAGGAGUGUGAUGGACAGGCUGGAGGUGGUGGAGAGGCUCGCUGCCACACAUGUCCAGAGUUCAGAGUGGAGACCGUGUGUACAGUGCGCAGCCUCAACUGCAAAACAGCAGGAGGAGAGGUGGUGUCUGUUUGACGCGUCGGGUCAGACCGUCGUCCUCUUCCUGCUGUGGCCGUUUGUUGCUCAGGGUCUGGUGUACCUGCUGAGGAAAGCCCAGAAGAGAAAUCGCAUAUCUUCAUGAAGUAAGCUGACCAAGACUUUCAACCACUCACCUACAGUAAUCCAUCAGUGCAAAACGCUUAAUUUGUACAGCAGAAAGGAUUGAAUUCAAUAUGAAUUGACGGGAAAGCUUCAUCCUCCCUCCCUCUGUGCACUGAAAGGAGGGAGAGAAGGUUGUGGACUUGCUGUCUGCGUGGAGAGAGAUGUAUCUGGUUGUGCUGUUCACCUCAGGAUCCAGAAACCCUCUCACUCACUACAGCACAUCAAUCCUUAUUUAAAUUAUUCAAGUGGAAUCCGCUGGCUCGUGUUGGGCAGGAGGAAGCAGAUGAUGAACACAAAGUUGGACAAGUGCCGAUUCAGAAUUACAGAUUAUAUUACUCAAAUUAGUGAGACAUGAUGUACGUAAGAAGUCAAAGUUCAGAUGUCUUGCCAACAGGUCACGGAGGUGUCCUAAUGUCUCUGCUUUGGGGAGGAAGCACUUUGUAUUGGCUACAGUUGUCAUUUCAUUAUAAUCGUUCAGAUGUAAUUGUUUGUCAGUGUUUCUUUUGACUUAUUUAAGUCUUUUAAUGCAAUAGUCUCUUCAGUGCUGUCAGACUGCUCGUGUGCUGACUGUACAUUGAUUACAUCUAGAAUACAACGUCUGAUCUCAGCCUCACUUAGUAUGUCGAUCCAAUUUUAAUGUAAACAUAUUCCGAUAGUUUUGUUUCCUGUGGAGUCAUCUCCUGGGAUCUGAUUCUAAAGGAGUGAUAGGACAAAUGUAACUGAGACUGUUGUCACCAAAUGAUGAACUGUUUUCAAAGCUGCCCUGUAAUGAACAUGUAUAAUACUAAUGCAUGAAAUAAAAAAUAUAUAUUGAAUAGA